AUGAUUCUUGGGUCCGGGCAAGAGCUUCUAGGUCCCUAUCUAUCGGGCUACCGUCGCGAAGGACCCGAAAAAUUCUGGGCCCCUAGUAAUCCCGAAUGCAAUCAGGAUACUACGAAUUCAAGAUCAUUAGCAUCGGUAUCAACGAUUGAACAACCCUUUUUCAGCAAGUCUGAUUGUAAAUCGCCGCGCAGGAAUAUCGACGAGUUCACAACCGCUGCGCAUCGGCGUCUUCGCAUCUUUUCCUGCGUGAACAUUGUCCACCCUUCUCAAAUCAUGCUACUCCAAGGACAAGCCCUAGUACAUGGAGAAGCCUAUGGCGAGAUACUGUUCUCACAUGUUGGCUUGAGUUUCUGGGGUGGCGUGGACACUGCUACAGGCGAGAUCAUCGACCGCCAUCACCCGCUCUCAGGCAUACGUCUGCGCGGUCACGUCCUCGCAAUCCCCUGUGGUCGUGGGUCAUGUUCCGGGAGCAUUGCCCUUCUCGAAAUUCUACUCAACUCGACCGGCCCUGCAGCGCUGGUAUUCCAGCUCCGGGAGCAGAUUUUGACUCUCGGAGUCAUUGUCGCGAAGAUGCUGUUCGACACACAUAUUCCAGUGGUGCUCCUGAAUCGGCAAGAUUUCAGCCAACUCCAAAAUCAGACAUGCAGCCAUCCGAGGCGGGCAGCUCUACACUUCAGACACAUGUUCAAAGCCAGCCUUUGA